AUGUCAUCAGAUGCGAAGGAAGAAAGCGGAAGUCAUGUUGAAGAUGGAGAGAAACCCCCUCCAAGUCCUUCUAAAGUCGUGCACGCUGGGCCGACCAAGCGUCGAACUUCCAGCGGCUCACCUGAGGCUUCCCCGCCUCACGGUAGAAAAUUCCCUUUCAAAAUACCUAGCCCCGUACCAACUAGACGAACAAGGACAUCUUCACAGUGAGUACAUAGCAAUAAAUGCGGUCAGUCAGUGGAUACAAGUCAAAAUGGCAGGCAACCUCAGCUCGUCGCUUUUUGGCGAACAGGAAAACUUUUCAUUUAUCAGGUGUAAUAAAUCUGAUCCAAUUCCAAAUCGUUUAACACCUUUUGAAGGGCGUUUAAAUAUCAACACUGAUGUGGGUUGUUUGUUCUCCCUUGUCGAGAAAAUUUGUCUUAGAUAUCUUUUUGUUUGAGUGAGAUGUGUACUGUUAACUUGUCUAAGCUAUCUGUUGGAGCUUCAACAACGUAAUAGCCAGCCCAUGUCACCUUGACCUUUCUGGCUUACAAGCUUUCUAAUCUGUACAAUGUAUUUGGUAUUUCUUUCAAUUCACUAAAGACAGGGCGAAACAGAAACCAAUAGAAAUAAGCAAAUUUACUUUGAAGAACACUAGCAUGGCACAUUAUACAUCAACAUAUGAUUUAAACAUGAUUCAGGGCAUGGCUACUAGAAGUGAUGCUCUUUGGUUGGUACAUUUUAUAACUCACGACCUCUAGGAUGGGUUUGAGGGAAGCGGAGGGGUGGGGGAGGGGGCGGUCAUAGGAUAGGACUAUGCCAAAGAGGUUCUCAAAUCCCAACACUAAAUUUGUAGUAAUUGAGGGGAAGCUACGUGUAUGAUGUACCAUUGAUUAUAUGUGUGGAUUCGUUGGGAUAAAUUCAUUGGAGCAAGUAAGGAACAAGUAAUUGUGGGCACUGUGAUAUGCAAAUUUGUCACUCAGAUGUAGACACCUUCCGUAAAUCAGUCAGUUCCACACGAAAGUGCCUGAUGUCAAAACGACAACUGUUGUAGAUUGUCCAUGUUCCUCGGUGUGCUGAUUUUCUACAUUUCACAGGAGUCGCAGGACGAUUGGCUUGAUGUGGACUUUGAAUGUUUCAAAUUAGAACUAAUUUUUGGUCAACUUUGAGACAGAAGUUUAUGAAAUUUUGAAGCUUUUUUACUUAUCCAGGCGAUAAACAUGAUGCAGAAAAGAUCAGCAAUUGCUCUUCGACUCCAAGCGAAGCUGGUCCAAGCUCACAAUUCUGCUGUGAGUCUCACGAUGUUUCAACUUUUUUCAUGGUUUUUAGUGAAAUAUCGUUCUGAAAUGAAAUGUUUCUUUAUUCAAUAAAACAGAAAUAUUUACUGUAACUGAAUCGUAAGUGAUUCUCCCCAUGUAAAAGCCGAGAAUGGCAAGCUGCAAGAGACUUCGACAGUUUUGCGAGACACUUGUCGGCCAUAUGUUCUUCAAAGGCAGCAAAAUGAGUUAAAGUACAGCUUUAACUGUCAAAGCCAUGCUCACCCCCACCCCAGCCACUUGAGUGAAUAAAUUCUAAUAAGAGACUUCCCCGAGGAUGGAGUUUCCUUCGGAGUAUUUUAAAGAAACCUGGUUUGUUACUUCUUCGUGUUUUGUUAUUAGCAUUUAUGGUUUUGUUGCGAAUAAACAUACUUCACUUGCUGAAAAUGGUGAAAAUUUCACAAGCCCCCAGCCUCGAAUAAGCACCCACUCUCAAGGUCCAAAAAUUUAAUAAGCGCCCUGGGUGGUUAAUCAAAUAUAUACUGUAAAUUAUACUGGUAGACUAAUUGCAGGUUCAUUAUCAGCUUUUUUCUAAAAUACAGUACCCCGGUAAUCCACAAGUUAGCCUUAGGCACCCUUUGAUUGAAAUCAGCACAACCUUCAGGUUAGCGCUUUCAAACCGCCCCCUUCAGCCUUGGCUUAAAACACUUACCUUAACCUUGAUUAUUCUGGUUAUCUCAAAAACCUCAUCCAAUAAAUGUUUUGCUUUUUACCUUCAACACCUUGAAUUUUUUUCCUCUGAAAUCUAUCAAUGAAACUGUGGGGGAUGUACAAAGAAAAGCAUUACUUGAGCCAAGAUUAACUAGCCUGCGCGCAGACGAAAUUAAACUCUGGUUAACUCCGUCUGCGAAACAGCGCCGAAAUCCUUGUUCUGGACUUCCAGUUGUGUACCCAGAUUUGAGUACGCGCCACGAUUGGCCAGUUAAAAAAUCCCUUUCUUUUGUUUGUUGUGAUCGCCAAUCCGGUUGAUGGGAAAUUCGAAACGCACUUCCAGUAAUUCGUUGAGUCCGUUGGGGGUUCAGAACAAGGAUCUCUGCGCUGCUUUGCAGACGAUACUAAUCAGAGUUUAGUUAUCGUCUGCUCGCAGGCUAAGAUUACCAUGAAUAUAUUUGUUCCUCACGAAAGCAAGUGUAUUAUUUUGUGGGAAUUUGCAAUGCACAUGACUCCCACUAGGACUGCAAGCGGGGUGUGAUCGUCUCUUUGCUAUAAGUCUAUCAGGUUUGGUUGGUGGUGCCUCGAUGUCAUCCAGAUGGAUGUCAAGUUGCAUUGUGGGUUUUGAGGCAACCUUUACGUUGGCUUAGCGAAGUGUGGCUUACUUUGGUCAUAUUGCUAUAGGUUUGGUUUUUUAGAUGUGGCUAAAUGUAAUUUAGGCAAAGUUAACCUCGAAGCAAUGCUGGUCAGCUGUUUCCCCAGCUAUAUUAGGGGUGGCCCGAUGUCUCUAGCAGGGGCACCUCGUGACUUAUAUACGCAGUUGCUUGCUUGCAGUUCUUCGCAAAGUGUUGUUUCAAUUGCUUGCUGUUUGCGUGCCAGUUUGCCAUGUUAGGAGUCCAUAACUGCUUUUUGUGAUGAAUUUUAAAGGAAAAAGUACUUUUAAGAGAAAAUGGAAGCGAUUUGGAUCAUUAGCCUUAAAAGAUAGUGAGAGGCUCUCACUUAUAAACACAAAAUUUCUGACAAAAAAUUAGCACAUUGUUGCCCCCUGCCCCAGCCCUCUUUUUGUUUUCUUAUUUUAUUUUCCUCUCUACAAUUUUUGUUUGUAUUGUAUUUCUUUUUGUUAUAAUACAUGUGUUAAUUUUAGUUAUUUAUUUUUCUUUUCUUGUUAUUAUCGUUUUCCACAGCUGAGCCUUUGGGCUUUAGUGUGAGAGGUGCUCUACUGGGAGGGGCCAUGGAACGAGGGGCUCAUGGCUGGGUUGCUGUAUUGGUUGGGCCAGUCGGGUUUCUAGCACUUUAGGGUCAUUGCGUUUGCAGCCCUUGGGCCCCCUAGGGCACUACUCCUCCAUUUGUACCAAGGAGUUGAACAACAAUAUUUUCUUUUAGAUCUAGGAUAGCCUCAGAAUCUCCAGAGCAAUUGGGGGUAUGCAAGAGCUUCUGUCGAAACAAAGGACACGGCUUCAUUACACCAAAUGAUGGUGGAAAAGACAUAUUUGUUCACAUUUCUGAGUAAGGAACAUUUUUUUUAUGUUGCAUGUAUCAGGGGUGUAGAUACACAUACACAGAAAUAUUUUACUGUAAUUAGAUAGUUUGGGGCUGAAUUGGUCAAAGGCCUAUUAGUGCAAGGGGUUACAUGAUAUGGCAACUCAUAUGUUGUUUUAGCAGUCACCCCAGGAUUAGAGCUCACUGGGCAUCAAUUAACCUGUUCCAAAGCGAUGAAUCAUGGAUUGUAAUAGCCUGAAAAAACAGCUGACAUUUUGUGACGCCAUUGGUGGUUUUCUCACAAAAUGAUGUCUGAGAAAUGAGUGCAAGAAUUCCAACCAAUCAGAAAACAUUAUGCAGAUCUGGGUAGUGACAUGUCAUCAGCAUGGAAUUUCUGCCCCCCAUUUAGAAGAUGUCAUUUCGCGAGGAAACCACCGGUUGUGUCACGAAAUGUUGGCUGGUUUCUCAGGCUAGGAUGAUAAUAAGUCAUUUUUAUUGUAAGAAAAUAGGACAGCAGCCCUUCCCUGGACUUCAAAAAGUUGAGAUUGAGAGACCUGCCUUUUGGUUUGUUACAUUGUACGUUUUGUUUUCUCUUUUCAGUAUUGAAGGGGAGUUUGUACCAAAAGAAGGAGAUGUAGUUAGCUUUCGUACCUGCCCUCUGCCGCCAAAAAAUGUCGAGAAGCAAGCGGUAAUGGUGGUAAUUCAAGAAAUGAAAGGUGCCCAUGAAAGAUGGUGGGAUAGUAGCUCUACUUGA